AUUAAACAGCGAAUAAAAACGGAGGAAUAAAAAUUUGAUUUUGAAAAUUAUUUUUCCAUUCGCCUUUAAACGCCAUCAUUGGCCUGUAGGAGCGGACGCCAGCAUAUUUUUCGACAAUGGAAAAAUCGAGACAUAUCGAGGAUGAACCCUGCAACGACUCCCAGGAUUUAGUAGAGUAUGCAACGGAAGACGAGCCUGAUGAACUGGAACAUGGUACCAUGAGUAGCGAUUUGGAAGAAUUAGUGGAAGAAUCCAACCAACCGGAGGUGACUACUGACGAGGAGUACGAGAAUUAUGAAGAUGAUGAAAAACCCAGCAAUAUUCAACUACUCGAUAGCGGCAAAACAAUUCAAGGGUUUAAAAAUACAGCAUCUAUUUCGGGUUCGCAAAAGAUCGGCAAAAAUUCCGCGACGGAACGAGCAUCUUCGAAAGUGGUGGUGGUACCACAUAGUACCAUUGCACCAACUACGACAACACCGAUGAAAUUACUGAACACUUCACGAUCCUCCUUACCAUCCACGAUGGCAACAACAUCCUAUCGGCUAUUGAACUCGGAAGGCACGAUGAUCAUGAACGUUUCCAACAAACCUGCGGCAAUGAAAAAAAUAAUUUCUGUUUCUAAUCCCACCACCACAUCUCAACAAAAUGCAACCAAUAGAGUAGUGCUGAAUGCAAAAGCACAGGUGAUGCAUAUUCAGCCUCAAACCACACCAAUGUCUGCGGGAACUGGACUAAAAACGAUGAAAACGAUCACAAUGAAAACGAUUCCUGGAGGUACGAUUAAAAUGGUACCCCAAGCAACAGCCUUACCUUCGGGUUUGCAAGGAACGAUGGUACGUAUGAGCAAACCAGCAGUUGGUCAAGCAAUUCCUUUGGCAGGAACAACCAAAAUAAUGAAAACCAUUCCAAACACCGGAGGAAACGAUAUGUCGAAGGUAAUUUUAAAGCCUGCUAUCCCGAACACUGGAACAAAAAAAAUCAUCACACCUUCUAAUGCACCACUGCAUGCGGUCACUCUGCCUGGUGGGAAGGGAGUACAAUAUGUGCGAUUGUUAAAUCAGCGACCAGCCGCUACCGCCGUGCAGAAGAUAGUGAUGCAAUCGCCUGGUAAGACAAGUGGCAACAUUUCGAGUUCCGCUGCUUCGACCGUGAUCAACGCUGGUUCUACAACAAGUACCAAAGGUACCAUCCAACCAGGUCCAUCGAAAUUUGUAAUGCAAAACAAUAGAACAUUCGUUAUACGCAAUGGUACUACAAACCUAGCGGCAAUACCAACGACCACCACAACAGCUAUCGGCAAACCGUCCGUUCUAUCUGCUGGUAGAAAGAUUAUUUUGAACUCGAAGGCCAACUCUGGUACAACUCGUAUUGUGCUAGCGAAAGAAGCCAGCAAAAAAUUAAAUACCAUUCAAACAGGGGUGCAAAAGUCACAGCUCCCUUCCAACGGUGCAUCCGCCUCGACCGAAGACGGUGGUACACAUGUGGUGAUGCAAAAGCAGGAACAGCUUGUUGUAGAACCGGUCAAGUCUAAUUUGGGUCAUCCGACACAAUCGAAUGCCAGCACGGCCGGCAAAGGAGGGACUGAUGCUUCCAAAGAGGUCUCGCGGGUGCUGACCACUUCCAGCUUCGGAUUUCCGGAAGAGGCAUAUAAAAAAAGGCCGUGCAAUUGCACAAAGUCUCAGUGUUUGAAGCUGUACUGCGAUUGUUUCGCUAAUGGGGAAUAUUGCUACAACUGCAACUGCAAAGAUUGCUUUAAUACGUUCGAUCACGACCAUGAACGCCAAAAAGCGGUUCGUUCAACGUUGGAGCGCAAUCCUAAUGCUUUUAAGCCGAAAAUUGGAUCAAUCGGAGCGGCUGAUGAUGGAACGCGCUUACACACGAAAGGCUGCAAUUGCAAACGGUCUGGAUGUUUGAAAAAUUACUGCGAAUGUUACGAAGGCAAAAUACCAUGUUCCAGCAAUUGUAAAUGCGUAGGUUGUCGCAAUACUGAAAAUUUCGAUAUGGUUUAUGAGUACUACUCUUCCAACGAUGCAUCGACAAAGUCCGUUGAGGAAGGAUCCAAUAGCAACAUUCUUAUCAUACCUGACAAAGUAGAAUCUGAAGAAGGCACUACUGGGCGUUCUAGCUCAGACAUGCUGGGAUUGAAACGCUCUGCUUCAUUUAUGGAUACCGAUUUGUCUCAAUUACCCCCGACCAAGCAGCCGCACAACUUUAUGACGAUGGAUGUAAUAGAAGCAACCGUUCAGUGCAUGGUGGCACAGGCAGAUGAAUGUAUGAAGCGUGGCUGCAGCAUGCGUACUUCCGAACUAAUGAUUUUGGAGGAGUACGGUCGUUGCUUACUUGAAAUUAAGGAAUUUGCAUUCAAUACGGAAAACUAAUCUUAUUUCUGUAAAGUUAAUAUCUCGUUAUGUGCUAAUACAAAUUUCAUUUACGUAUUACUUCAUUCUUGCUGUACAAUAACAGUCCGGAUGCUGUCCUUUCGAUGCCAGCUACUGGUUCUUUACGGCCCAUCAUACGCGGGACUGACUAAUUGACAGUUUCGAAUAACAAAUUACAAAUAGUCAGCCACUGGCCAAUGUAAACCGAUACCACAACGGGUGGUAAAGUCGAUUAAAAUUUUCUAUAUUUAAAGAUUUUGAUUAUAUCCGACGGAACGAAAAUAUUAAUAAAUAAGUGAUCCUAUAAAAAAGUUCGAAUUGAUGCGCGAGUUUUAAAGGCUCGACGCAGUUUCUUACAACAGGCAAUAGUUGUAUGAAUGCUUUGGACAUUGCGUAUGUUGUUGUUAACAAUAUUAGCGUACAACUAGAUCGCAGCCGAAUAAUAUUGUACCCCUAGAUGUUCUACAGCAUGCAUGAAAAUAUUAUGUAGUACAAACGAGUUUAUUAUAAAA